GUCCAGAGAGGGCUAAAAAGAAAAGACGAGGAGGAAGAAGAAGGAAGCAGCAUUAUAUAUCUAAGCAUUCUCUGCUCUUUGAGAACCUCUCGCAGCCUCUUUCACCCCAGGGUUAUUAGUUUUCGCAAAGUGAUUGGAUGAGCUUGGAUGUGGAAGUGAAGCCAGGAGGAGGUUCACUCUUGUUGUUAUCAUCAUCGUCAUCGUCAUCAUCGUUGUUUUCAUUGUUGCCGUCAUGGCACAGCAACAAUCUUCCCGACUCAAUCGUCUCCUUACUUUGUUGGACACUGGUUCAACACAAGCUACUCGGCUAACUGCAGCCAAACAGAUCGGUGAUAUCGCCAAGUCUCAUCCUCAGGACUUGAGCUCUCUUCUGAGAAAGGUUUUGCAUCACCUCCGUAGUAAAAAGUGGGAUACGAGGGUUGCUGCUGCUCAUGCUAUUGGUGCCAUUGUUCUGAAUGUCAAGCAUACUUCAUUGAGUGAACUGUUAAAUUCUUUAGCAACGAAGUUGGGUGAGGCCGGGAUGUCUGAUAAUGUAGAUGAAGUGGUGGCUUUGCGCAAUCUUCAGUCCAAAAUUCUAGCAAAUGCGCCCUUCAGAAGCUUUGAGAUGAAUAAGGUUUUAGAGUUUGGCGCUUUGUUGGCAUCUGGUGGACAGGAGUACGACAUUUUGAAUGACAAUUCCAAGAAUCCAAGGGAUCGAGUUGCUCGUCAGAAAAAGAAUCUCCGGCGACGUCUAGGUCAAUAGCUUGUCUCCUUCUCUAUUAAUCAAUUUCCAUGGGGAAGUGUUAUUAUUGUCCAAUUGCAUGACAUGU